AUGCAAAAUGUUCUCAUAAUGUUGCUAAUUCUCGCCAUUUACGACGAGCAGUCGCCAAACGGCAGCGACGCCACGGACGGUUGUACGGUGACGACACCACGGGGUCCAGUGGUGGGACGUGUUCGUGACAGCGUCGUGGAAAUUGUCAGCUUGGACAAUCCGCCCAGCAACGGUUUGCGUGUUUCGUCAUCGAUGACUGAUAAUCACCGCAGCACAGCGGAAAGCAGCACGACGACGUUUGCAGUGGUUGGCAGCGGCGGCAGCAGCAGUGGCGUUAGUGACAAGGAGCGACUCGCUCAACCAGUGCGUUCUUCACUGCGUUCCGACGGUUCGACACCGUCACGACAUCGUGUGACAAUGAGUCCUGAAGUCGAAAAGAAACUGGCGUCGUCCGCUGAGAAGGACACCCGACUGAGUCGCGGAUCGGCGAGGAAAUCGCGUUUGACGGAUAGUUUCUUCGAUGCGAAGGAGCGGCUGGAAGAUGCUCGUGAAGCGAGUCAUGCGUCGCCAAUGGCAACACAACGGAGUCGACAACGGGCUUAUCUUAAAACCGGCUUUGGAUCCAGAAAAUACUCCAUCGUUGACGUGGCCGUUUCCACCAGUCCUUCAUGUAUUUCGUCAGACGAUCCGUUCACAAGAAGUCAGCCUGGCACGUCAUCGCUGCAAAAUCGACCGAUCUUAUCAGCACUUCAGCAAGCGAACACUGUUCAUAUCGGUCAUACGAGAGUGGUAGAGCUGAAGAAAAGUAGUAAGGGAAUUUCUCGACCUAUUCUCUUUUUUUAA